AUGUUCAAAGCCGCCAUCAUCUCCAUCCUUGUCGCCUCUGCCGCUCUCGUCUCUUCAACUCGUAUCCCCGGAGUUUGCUAUCAAGACAAUUGUUACCGAGCCGUCCAACGAACUUGGCAAGGACCCGCCGUUUUCGCUCAACAUGUUGUUCAAUGUAAUUCAGCACUCUCCUGUGUAUCCACACCCGCAGCUAGUACCACAACUGCAUCUACCACCGUAACUGCUGGUACCGUUACCAUCACCGUCUCCAAGGAAACCAACACACCAGCACCUGUCGCUGCUGUCCUUUCAUGCCCUACUGCCGGUGUGCCUUCCGACCAAACCGACGCAUGUGAAAACAGCUUUGUCAGCUACUCCAGUGCUUGUUCAUGUAACCCUUCUGCUUCUGCUACCACUUCCGUAUUCGCGACCCCUACCAUCACCGCAACAGUCACAACCACUGUCCCCGCUUCGAUCGUCUACGUAUAA